ACGGUCGCACACACGCAGGCAACAGCGCAGAUACUCAAAGCGCACCAGUGAUAAUAACCUCAAAACGCUCGAGUGAACCCUUUGUUUGUUUAUAUCCCCUUGUUUAUAGUUAGUACACGUUAUACCACGAUGCCGGGUACACCUCUGGACCAGACGAACAGCAGCGAGGUGAGCCAGGGUCUUCAGGCAGAAGCUCCGCAGAACAUCCCCCGCGAGAAUAACCAUCAGAAUCAACCUGCUGCGAACGGUCUCAACAACGGGCUACCCGCCAGGGAGAUAACCCAGACGGACAAGCUGAACAAGCGACUGCUGGUGUCGUUUCUGAAUAGAAUGAACUCGCAGGCCGAGAAAGAUCGGCUCCAGAGUAAUAACGACAGAAGCGAAGACGAGGCCGAGGACGACGCCAGCUUUGAAUGAAACGAAGAGUUCGUGAAAAAAAAAUUCGUGGACGUGCAAGUGGUUUUGUAGUUUCGAGGAUUUUCGUGGAAGGUUCGGCGUUUCAUCGAAGUAGUAUAGGUACAGGUUUUGGGACAAAAGUGUUAAGUGUCAAGUCAAGAGAGGAACAGCUGAUGGGAGAUUUGGCGGGAACCAGUUGCCAUAUUGCCCUCGUGAAUUGUUAGCGAUUCUCAGUUAUAGCUCGUUUGUUGUAAUUGAGGACUAGUGAGUAUUCGACGACAAUGUCAGACGCAGAGUUAUCGGAUAUAGCCGACGACGACGACAUCGUACGUCGUCACGAGAGGGAAGACGAGGAUGAUGAUAACGAGAGCGGAGCGGAGAACCAGGACGGCAACGACUCGAACGGAGAGGUUAAGGCCGACGGCGAUGAGGAUAACGCAGGCGGGCAAAGGGUCGAGCCUCCCACGAAGAAAAAGAUCACGAGAAAGAUGUACGUCCUGAACAGCGAAAGACUUAAGGGUCGCAAGGGUGUGCACACCAUAGAGAAGCUCUACGAGGGCUUCAAGUUCAAGGGAAAGGGCCACGAGAAAGAGGACCUGGACCGAGUGAUGAAGAGGCUCGAGUACUGGGCCUUUAGAAUUUUUCCAAAACUCGACUUUGAUGAUUUCUUGGCCAAGUGCGAGCACCUGGGACACAAGAAGGACCUGCAGGUCCACCUGAAAAAGUACAGGAUGGGUAUAAUCAGUGCCGAUGAUUUGAUGGAUGCAAACAAUGACAUCAUUGAAGAGGAGGAGAAGGAGGAUGAUCCUAAUAUUAUGAGAACGGAGAGCGAGCUACUUGCUCAGAUCAGGGACAAUGAUUUCCAGAGGCUGUUUGAUGAAACUGAACGAGCAGCAGAGCCAAUUUCUUAAAAAUUUUUAUAUGAAUGUAUUUGAGAGAGAUAAAAGAUAUUUAUAGAAAUAGGAUUAUAGAGUUGAUAGAGUUGAUAGAGUUGAUAAUGAUAUACACUUCAUAGUUAGAAAAUUUCUUUUAUUUUAUACUUAAUGGAAUUAAUGGUUUUUGUUAUAAUAUUAUAGACUUAAAAAUAAAUGUAUUUUAUUAUCAUAA